GGUGCACCCUGGGAAGACGUCACCACAAACUUGUCCUCCUGUGACGGACGUUCGACCAACAACAAUCUGAGAUUUGAAUGAGGAGCUAGUAGCAAAGACAACCAUGGGUAAACAGAACAGCAAGCUCAGGCCGGAGGUUCUGGAAGACUUGAAAAACCAGACAGAGUUUAAUGAGCAUGAGCUGCAGGAGUGGUACAAGGGCUUUCUGAAGGACUGCCCCAGCGGAGUCCUCACGGUCGAGGAGUUCAAGAAAAUCUAUGGAAAUUUCUUCCCCUACGGAGAUGCCUCCAAGUUCGCGGAGCACGUCUUCCGCACAUUUGACGUUAAUGGAGAUGGUACGAUAGAUUUCAGGGAGUUCAUCUGUGCGCUGAGUGUGACAUCAAGAGGGCAGCUGGAACAGAAACUGAAGUGGGCCUUCAGUAUGUAUGACCUGGAUGGGAAUGGCUACAUCUCCAAACAGGAGAUGCUGGAAAUAGUACAGGCAAUCUACAAGAUGGUUGGCUCAGUCAUGAAGAUGCCAGAUGACGAGUCCACCCCUGAGAAGCGGACAGACAAGAUCUUCCGCCAGAUGGACAAAAACAAUGAUGGGAAACUCUCUCUACAGGAGUUCAUCGAAGGAGCUAAGAGUGAUCCCUCAAUUGUGAGGCUACUGCAGUGUGAUCCCAGCGGUGGCAUGUGAAUUUGCAGGGUGGUUUACUAAAUUUUGGUUUACAAAAGUUUCGGACAGCCUUUUUGUUUUGUUUUAUUGCUGCAGGAAUUCGUAGAGGGGGCAAAAGCUGACCCCUCCAUCGUCAGACUGCUACAGUGUGACCCAAGUGGUGGCGGACAGUUGACGUGAUUAGAUUCACUUCCUAUCAUCAUUCCCUGUGUCAGACAUCAGAGCGGAGACUACCAUUGUGUCUGAUUUUAACAUUUUAGGAAAAGAAAUCCAUAUCUGAGUGUAUGUGAGUCCCAGCUGCAAGUGUGUAUUGUACAGUUUUUAUGUCCCAUGCAGUUUUCUACAUUCAAGACAUUAUGGUAUCCUACAUGUCCUCCAUCUGACAGAGUACAUGUACAUACAUCUCUAACAAUAUGCAGAAUAGACAUCUUCUGACAUGUGCAUGUAUAUAUAUAUAUACAGGAAACGUACCAGCCUGCUGUAACUAGAUAUUCAAGAACUUGUUGUAAACUUUUCUUUACUGUGGACCAUAGGAAAAUGUGAUAAUGUAAUAGGAGGCAUACAUGUAGUAUGGGACAAAUACAUGGAUAGACAAGUUUGUUUUUUGCAGUCUGUAGUCAACCUUGUAAGCUGUGCAAUGAAGGGACCAUUGAAAUUUCGUUACACUUUUCCAGCACUGAUUUCUUUGUAUCAACUUUCUUUCCCUUGGUAUUAGUCCUGUUUCUGUUUGUAGGCAACAUGGCCAUUGACUUGCUGUUCAAAAUGUAUACAGACAUCAUGUACAUGUAUUAUACAUUAGCUACAAUGUUCAGUUGAAGGUUACAGUUAACAUUCAUAAUCGGGUUUCAUGAGAGCCAACCCAAGUUGUUAGUUAAGGUAAUAUGUAAUCCCUCUCUGAUCAACAGUCACUGGCCAAGGGUAGCAAUUACAAACUGUCAAUACCACAACAAAACAUGCUAGGUGAAACGUUGCAACUUUCUAUUUAAUAGGCUCGUUUUCAUUGAAUUGUAAAAAAUGCUAUCGCCUGCCUUUACGACUUGAUAUGGAGCAAAUUCUAGACAACAUCACUGGUCCCUUUGUUUUUCUACAACCCCUGUAAUGUUUUACCACAACAUUUAUAUUGAUUGAUGGUUGAUGGCUUGGAAGAUUAUUAUAACUAUGAGUGGGAUUUAACCCCUUAAAAAAUGGCUGUCGCCUGAGAAGGCACGGAGAAUUGAAAUAGUAGCCAAAAUUGUAUUAAUUCAGUUCCCAGCAUGAUUGUUCGGCAGAUGAAACCAGCUACCCAUGCCAUCUGAUUGAUCAUGUCAGAUCGCUACUGUCACUGAUCUUGGAGGCUGUGUGAGGUGAUUUAUUUCAGUUGCCAAAUUCGGUAACUAACGUUACCACCACAAGUACAAUGGUUGCCAUGUUUAUAUUAUCCACAUAUAAGACUAGAAAUGGACAUUUUUGUGAUGCUCUACAGUUUUUCUGGCUUUCUAAAGAAACAAGAAAGGGUUGUUGACUGAUAUUUGUUUCCCACCGUGCUUAACAAAAUGUUGAGCACGUAAUGAAAUGACUGUAACAAACGUUACCAUUGUUCGAUACUUUCUAAGCUUUCUAUCUGACCUGGUGUAAUGCUGCCCACUUUUUAAUGUCCCUAGGGAUUUCCACUUAUAUCUAAACAUGUAGCCAAUAAUGUAAAUCAUUUCAAAGAAAAAAGGGUAAGGUUUACUGUUGUAACAAACAUUUGUUACAUACACAUGCCCUGUAACCAAUCGGAAAGAAAAUAAUAAGUUGAGGUUUUGGGGGGGCUAUGGUUGCAAGCGGAAUUUUCCAAAACAAUCAGGUAGGUUUUGCUGAAAAAUAAGCCAAUUUAUAUUUCGAA